AUGGAUAUAGGUAUACCAGAGGAUUGGGUUCAUGCAUGGUAUCCAUAUGUUACAGGUACAUCUGUGACUAGGAUCAAAUACAAAGAUGGUAUUCUCAUGGCUGCUGAUAUGGGAGGAUCUUAUGGUUCUACUAUACAUUAUAAGAGUGUUGAGAGAAUGAAGCAAGUGGGGAAACAUUCUCUCAUUGGUGCAAGUGGAGAAAUCAGUGAUUUCCAAGAGAUUCUUCUUUACCUUGAUGAGCUUAUUUUGCAUGACAAUAUGUGGGAUGAUGGGAAUUCACUUGGUGCUAAAGAGGUCCACAAUUAUUUGACCCGGAUUAUGUACAAUCGCCGCAACAAAUUUGACCCGUUAUGGAAUUCUCUUGUAAUUGGUGGAGUAAAAAAUGGACACAAGUAUAUAGGCUCUAUAAGCAUGAUUGGUGUACACUUUGAGGAGAAUCAUGUUGCCACUGGUUUUGGUAAUCAUCUUGCAAGGCCAAUUCUUUGUGAAGAAUGGAGGGAGGAUUUGAGUUUUGAGGAGGGUGUCAAAUUAUUGGAAAAAUGCAUGCGCAACCUUCUAUAUCGUGAUAGGUCAGCUGUCAACAAGAUUCAGAUAGAAAAGAUCACAGAUGAAGGGUUGACCAUUUCUGAGCCUUACUCUUUGAAGACUUUUUGGAAUUUUGGGGCUUUUCAGAACCCAACAGUUUGUGCUGAAGGAUCAUGUUAG